AUGGCCCCUCCUGGAGCGCUUCAGCUGUCUUCCAUGUCCCCAGACGAGACCAUCAUCAAGCUCCCCCAUCCAUACCACACCGAGUACACCGUCUCCAAAGCCGCAGCCACGUCUUGCUUGAACGGCGCUGGCGCCAACCCCGUUGCCUUGUACCAGCUUCACCAACGGAGCGAGCCCUCGAGCCGCCCGCUCCCGUCGUCGCUGCACCACCCCGAGCUCUUCUUCUUCUCGGAGCCUGCUCAUCUCAAGUCCUGUCAACUUCCCCCCGACUCCGACAACAGCGCCUGGGCUAGGGCUCGCCGCUCGCCAUGUUCCGUCGUUGCAUGGGCCGGUGACGGAGCCCCCUCCCUCGCGCAGGCCUGGCUCCUGCUUUAUGUCUUGUUCACCAUCCGGCCGCGCGCCGAAUCGCUGCGGCUGGAGCUCGUCGGCGCAGACGCCGCAACCCUGGCCGCUCACUCGAAGGCUGUUCUUCUGGCCGUAGACCACCCUCUGCCUCCCCGGCAGGGGCUUGCCGACGCCUCCUCGCCAACGGCUGCUGAAGCCUGUGUCGUGGUGGCUCUGCGCAGCACCUUUUGGCAGGGAGCUGCGUCGCCGUUUGGUCCUCGACCCGUCUGGUGUCCGGACGAGUCGUUGUUGGUUUCCCCCGCAGACGGCCGGGGGACUUGGCUGGCUUCCUAUCCCAUAGCUCCGGUCGAGCACACCGUCACAAUUCUUCCGGCGGGCGAUCCGCAGCAUCCCGAGCGAUCCCAGCAGGCGUUCCAUCCCAUCCGUCCAGCCAAGCCGCCCCCGGGUGCGGUUGUCUACAGCCGGUGGAUCCCGCACCUGAAGGAGACGUUUUCCAUGGUCUCUCUCGACUACGAGGACGAGCAACAUUUGCGAUUGUUCCACGAGUGGCAGAACGAUCCUCGCGUUUCGCAGGGUUGGAACGAGACUGGCACCUUGGACCAGCAUCGAGAGUAUCUGCGUAACAUUCAUAAAGAUCCCCACCAAUUUGCCAUCCUGGCGAAAUGGGACGAUACUUUUUUUGCCUAUUUUGAAGUAUACUGGGCAAAAGAGGAUCGCCUAGGUGGAUACUACAACGCAGGCGACUUUGACCGUGGCCGACAUUCUCUUGUCGGCGACGUUCGAUUCCGCGGCCCUCACCGCGUGAGCGCCUGGUGGAGCAGCCUGAUGCAUUAUCUCUUCCUCGACGACCCACGAACAAUGGACGUUGUGGGAGAGCCCAAAAGCACAAACUCCACUGUCCUCAUGUACGACUUGAUGCACGGCUUUGGUGUCGAGCACUUUGUCGACCUGCCCCACAAGAGAAGCGCCUGCGUUCGCUGCCCUCGUGGGCGCUUUUUCCAACUGUGUCCGCUGGCUGAAAAUGAGAAGGCCGUUGGAGGGCUGGGCGUUGGAUUGGUUCCCAAGUUGUAG